GAUUUGCCAACUUCUUUUCAUGCUUUACUUCGACCAAUAUGUUGUCCGUUGGCAUAUCUUUCCACGCCAAACCAUCCGAGUACCACCUUCUUGAACUUCCGCAGCCAGAGAUAACAGACCCAAAAGAUGUCAUUAUUAAGGUCCAUGCUGCAAGUAUCAAUCCUGUAGAUCUAAAAAAGGCGGAAGGAGUUUUCAAGGUAGCCCUUAAAGACACUUUUCCAUACAAGAUCGGCUACGACGCCGCUGGAACAGUCGCGGAUAUCGGAACAGAUGUAACACGAUUUAAGGUUGGCGAUGCCGUUUAUCUUAGAUUGCCAGAGUCUCAUCGAGGCUCAUGGAGUGAAUACGCAGUAUGCCCAGAGCGCUACAUCGCUCUGAAGUCAUCCUCGCUGUCAUUCGAGAAUGCAGCUUCUAUACCACUGGCCGCUACGACUGCAUUUCAGGCCCUGAAAAAGUAUGAUGGUGACCUUGCGGGGAAAACUGUAUUCGUGCCGGCUGGGUUGGGUGGCACAGGACUUUUUGCCUGUCAAUUGGCCAAGAAUGUUUUCCACGCAGGGAAAGUGAUUACUACUGUCUCAACGUCAAAGGUACCAAAAGUACCAGAACUUCUAGGGAAGGGAACAGUCGAUGAAAUUAUCGACUACAAGAAAGUUGAUCCAAAAUCUGUCAUUGAACAUGGCUCGGUUGAUUUUCUGUUUGAUACAAACGGUCUCGCUAUGGAGUACCUCUGCCUGAUGCGUUCAGGAAGUGGCUGCAUCAUAUCUAUAUCAACGGCGCCAUCGGGAACUCAGCUGCAAGAUUCUGCAGUGAUGAGACUUCCCCAUCACCCCACAGUCCCAUUAGUCCCCCGAGUUGCCUUAAAUGUGAUGGACUUUACCCGCAAGCUCCGUGCAAGGCGUUAUGGAGUCAGCUAUUCAUACAUGUUCCUGGAACCGAGUGGUGAAGACCUGGACAAACUAAGGGGGUACUCUGAGGAGGGUAAAAUGAAACAAGUAGUUGGAGCUACUGUCGAUAUGCGGGAUAUUGCAGAAGUUCGAAAGGCAUGCCAGGUCGUAUACAGCAACCAAGGUGGCCUCGGAAAGAUGGUUAUCAGAGUUGCUAAGGCAGGAAACUAAUAAGCUUUGCUUCGCGGGCUUUUACCUACUAUUAUUUAUCUUUUUUGGCCGCUAGCUAUAUGUCAUACGACAAGGCAAAACGGAAAAGCUUUGAAUUUUGACAAGCUGGCAUGGAUCUUACCAAUGAGGCGAUUCGUUCUUGUUCUUUCUCUUUGGCACCCAGUUUGUAUCUACCUAAUCACUAACUUCACUUAAAUAGCUUUGGAAAUCUCCCUACGGCUAAAUUAUAUUUCAUUAC